AUGGCUGACGUAUGGGACGUUCCGGAUACCGAACAAUUGGGCAUGGCGAAUACCGUCGAUACUGCAAGCCUUUCCGUCAAUUAUCCAAUUUGUGUUCCUGUAUUGGGUCCCAGAGAGUCCUCGCUUCCUGAUGGCUCAUGGUCGAGGUCCAGAAGCGCUCCGGAUGCUCGCAAAAUAUACUCGGAGAUCAAGGAGACCUUACGGCUCGAGUACCAGUUCCGCAAACAGAGUCAUUACACAGACUUCUUCCAUACCAGAGGGAAUCGCUAUCGACUGUUCUUGAUCAUAUCUGUCGGCUUGUUCUCCCAGUGGAGCGGCAACGGACUAACAUCAUACUACUUCACCAAAAUUAUGAACAGCAUCGGCAUUACAGAUACCGACACUCAAUUCCAGAUCAAUGGUGGCCUGAUCAUCAUGUCGCUCAUCAUAUCGAUCUCCUGCUCUACACUAGUCGAUCGGGUAGGCAGGAAGCCACUCUUCCUGGCUUCGACAUCAGGCAUGCUCGUGACCUUCGUGGCUUGGACGGUGUGCACUGCUUUGUAUGAGGUAUAUGGCAACGUCGCCGCAGGAAAGGCUGUAAUUGCGCUCAUAUAUUGCUAUACUGCAACAUACGCCUUUGCUUGGAGUGGAUUGCUGGUUGCAUAUACUGUCGAGAUCCUACCGUUCAAGCUGCGAGCGAAAGGGCUGAUGCUGAUGAACUUGUUUGUACAAUGCGCGCUGAUAUUCAACCAAUACAUCAAUCCCAUCGCGAUCGAAGGCUUCAUAGGACAACAGUGGAAGCUCUGCAGUAUUUACGCCGGCUGGAUCCUCCUGGAGCUCGUCAUCGUUUACUGCUUCUUCAUCGAGACCAAAGGCCCAACACUGGAAGAGAUCGCGAAAAUAUUUGAUGGUGAUGAUGCCGAGACCGGCAUAGCAGAGUUGAGUGAGAUAAGGGCCGAUAUGAGGGGUGUGAGCUCGAACGCUACUGGCCCAAAGCAAAGCGGAGACACGAAGUCACCGAUGCAGCACGAGGAGCGCUCGAUCGACUUCGACAGUAGCGGUAAGUUGCGAGGCUAUAGUGAGUGGCGCAGAUUGGGCUCCGACGAUGUCUGA